CAAAUCAGUACACCAGUCUAAUUUCUGAAUUCCUACACAAAGCUGGCUCUCUUCAGGAUCUGUAAAUGAAAGGUCACAGCCCAGAGUAGCAGAUGAUGUGGGUAAUAGCCAGCAAAGAUAUCAGUAUUUGAAGCCUAAACCAGAAAGGUAUUUCCACGACCAGUAAGUUGCUUUCACUGGUUUGUACAACAGGAUAAUCAGUGUAUGUUGUCUUCAGUAGUGGUGGAAGAGGAGGAGGUGCUUUCCCACAUGACAGGAAAAUGGAUGAGUCCUUUUGCCCUCAGAGCAGCUUUGAAAAGAGCUGGAGUGAACAUUUUCCCAGCAGAGUACUCUCCCAAGUAUGUCCCUGUGCCCAGGAAGGCUGCCCUGGCAGAAGUGAAGGCCUAUGAGCAGAUGGCUCUGCUUGCAGCUGCUUUUGCUUUUGCUCACAGCAAGUGGAAUGGAGAAGCAGGGCCAGAGCGAGUCGUGUUCAAGGCAAGUGAACAUCUUACAGUGGGUUCUGCCAAAGACAAUGACUGGUCUCUAUAUGUUCAAUGGUGAGAAAGUACAAAACCUCAAGCUCACUGAAACCAGUGAAGCUUUUACUGAAGAGCUGGAAGAAGAGUCUGAAUUUCACUCCACACUCUACCAUAUGCUCAAGGCUUCUGCCAGCAACGAAGCCAUGGAUAAAGUGGAAAGAGCUGGCUUC